AGGCCUGCCUCAGCCCAUCUUCACUCCCUCCCGAUGCCCUAACCCACGGUUACGACUCCGACGACGCCACCCCGGCGGCCUGCUGCCCAGCUCCCUCUGCCUUCGCGCAGUGCCUCCUACCCUUUUGAAUCCGCGCCGUGCCACCCGAGUCCAGGCCGGCAGGCCCCCAGGGUGCGAGGGCGGCACCGGCGCAGGCGAACCGCAGUCCGCGCCUCCGCACUCCGCCCCAUCCGAAGCUCCGAGCAGAGCAGGAGCAGCAAAGCAAGCGAGCGUCAGGUUAGCACUCUGCAGCCCACCAGGCACAAGUCCACGGCUCACCGGGCGGGCACUGGCGACCGCUACCUGGCCGCCAGCGGCGCUGUCCUCCAACCGCUAUUGCGUAUCUACUGUCUUCCGGCUUCUGCGUCUGAGCAUCUCUUGUGACGGACUGGCUGAAUCGAGAGGUGGAGGCAGCAACCAACAAGGUAGCACUAUGAAGGUCAAGAUUCUUCAGUGGCAUGCAGUGGCUUCUUGGACGUGGGAUGCACAGGAUGAGACAUGUGGCAUAUGCAGGAUGGCUUUUGAUGGCUGCUGUCCUGACUGUAAGUUCCCUGGUGAUGAUUGCCCACUCAUUUGGGGUGUCUGCAACCAUGCUUAUCAUCUUCACUGCAUACUGAAGUGGGUCAAUUCUCAAACAUCCACACCCCUUUGCCCCAUGUGCCGUAGAGAGUGGCAGUUUAAGGGCUAAGGUACUAUGGACAUCUAGAACUGCACCAAGCGACUCUCAGUUCUCAGAGAAGACUGAUGUUUUUCUGGUACUUCUGUGAUGCUUUAUUUUAACUACUACAUAUUGUUUUCCGUACUUAGUAUAAAUCCUGAUGUCAGCGCCUGAUCCUGUGUAUGCUUCCAAGCUUGUAGUGGAACAAAUGAAAUUAUUGCUUUUCUUAGGGCUGAUUUCCUAAUCUUAUCCCAUAUUGGUUUGUUCUUA